UCCAGCGCCCGGGAAGGGGAGUCUCCGGAGCAAGGGGGAGAAGGUUUUUCUCAACUUCCUAACUUCUCACCAUGUCUGACCCCAUCACUCUGAAUGUUGGAGGAAAGCUAUACACUACCUCCCUGUCGACCCUGACCAGUUUUCCUGACUCCAUGCUGGGAGCCAUGUUCAGUGGGAAGAUGCCCACCAAGAAAGACAGCCAAGGCAACUGCUUCAUUGACCGCGACGGCAAGGUCUUCCGCUACAUCCUGAACUUUUUGAGGACCUCCCACCUGGACCUCCCUGAGGAUUUCCAAGAGAUGGGGCUGCUCCGGAGAGAAGCAGACUUCUAUCAAGUACAACCUUUGAUUGAAGCCCUUAAGGAAAAGGAGGUGGAGAUGUCCAAGGCCGAGAAGAAUGCCAUGCUUAAUAUCACCCUGAACAGACGGGUUCAGAACAUCCACUUCACUGUGCGGGAAGCACCUCAGAUCUAUAGCUUGUCUUCUUCCGACAUGGAGGUCUUCAAUGCCAAUAUAUUCAGCACGUCGGGCCUUUUCCUGAAGCUCCUGGGCUCUAAACUCUUUUACUGCUUCAACGGCAACCUGUCUUCCAUCUCCAGCUACUUGCAAGAUCCAAACCACCUGACUUUGGAUUGGGUGGCCAGCGUGGAUGGCUUGCCCGAGGAAGAAUACACCAAGCAGAAUUUAAAGAGACUGUGGGUGGUACCGGCCAACAAGCAAAUUAACAGCUUCCAAGUGUUUGUGGAGGAGGUAUUGAAAAUUGCACUCAGCGAUGGCUUUUGUGUGGAUUCUUCCCACCCUCACCUCUCUGAUUUUAUGAAUAAUAAGAUUAUUCGAUUAAUACGGUACAGGUAAAAUGGUCCAGCACAUAUGCAGUCUACAAGAUAACACAAGGUCAGCAGAGUGUUUCUCUUAAAGCACCGGCUAAGAGACGCUCACCAGCAGUGUGAUACAGAAUCAUAUACUAAUAUGUAUUAAUCACUAAGCAGGAGUUGAUUUCCCCCCCUAUAAUGUAGCUAUCUGUAUGCCCUUUCAGAAUAUAUGUGUUCUCUGGUCAGAGGGAACAUUCUUCUCCAGGUUUGUCAGGGUAUUGCUGGUGUAUUACCAGGGAUGGUGGGUCUCCUGAUAUUCUUCAAAGGAGGGAGCUGAUGGUCUUUAUGGCUGGGAAAAAGAAGUGUCAGACUCUCCCCGUGGGUUGCCUUCCCACCUCUACCAUUGGUCGGGACCUCAGUUAACUCAUCUAUGCUAAGGGAUAA